GUUGUUUUUUCGCUAACAAAAUUGACGUUUGGCAUCAAAUUCCAACGUCAGUUCCCUAUUUUUCUGCAUUUAAUUUGUCUUUUUUGAAAUUUCCCAAUCGCACAUUAUUUAUUUUCCCACCUCUUAUUUAUUUUCUUACCAAAAAAACAGGCAUUCCGCAAUGGCACUUUGGGUUGAAAAGCACCGGCCAAACUCGCUGGACAAGCUGUCGUUCCACGGCGACCUAACAGAGCACCUGAAGCAGCUGUCGAGCUCUGGUGAUCUCCCACACCUGCUGGUUUAUGGACCCACGGGCGCAGGAAAGCGGACGCGCGUGGCAGCAAUUCUGCGGGAAAUAUACGGGCCUGGCGCUGAGAAGCUCAAGGUCAGCCAGCGCAUAUUCGAGACACCCAGCCGCCGCAAAAUGGAAAUCAACCUGAUAUCGAGCAACUUCCACAUCGAGGUCAACCCCAGCGACGCCGGCAUCUACGACCGAGUGAUUAUUCAGGAUCUGAUCAAGGAGAUUGCGCAGACGCAGCAGGUGGCGACGACGAGCGCGCGCAAGUUCAAGGUCGUCGUUGUGCACGAGGCCGACGCGCUCAGCCGCGAUGCGCAGCACGCGCUGCGCCGCACGAUGGAGAAGUACAUGGGCAACAUGCGUGUCAUCCUGUGCUCCAGCUCGACAGGAAAGAUCAUUUCGCCUGUGCAGAGUCGGUGCCUACUGGUGCGCGUAGCCGCGCCGUCGGUCGACGACAUUGUGGGGGUCAUCAAUAUGGUGGCCAAGCGGGAGGGCAUUACAGUGCCGCCGUCGUUUGCCAGCCAGCUAGCCGUCAGCUCCAAGCGCAACUUGCACCGGGCCCUGCUGAUGCUCGAGGCUGCGUAUGUCCGGCAGUACCCGUUUUCCGACACGCACAAUGUUCCGCUGCCCGAGUGGGAACUGUAUAUCCGCAGCAUCGCAGAUUCAGCCGCAGCUGAUGGCAUUCGCAAGCAGCUUUACGAGGUGCUGACGCACUGCAUUCCGCCGACGACUAUCCUCAAGACCAUCGCUUUGCACCUGGUCGAUGGCGUGAGCGAGGCCCUGAAGCCCGAGAUUGUGCACCAGGCUGCAUUUUACGAACACCGUCUGCAGAGCGGCCAAAAGUCGAUUGUCCACCUUGAGGCGUUCAUGGCCAAAUUUAUGAGUGUAUACAAGCGGCAUCAGAUGGAGGCGUCUUUUUGACUUUAAGGAACUCCGCACGCAGUGCAAAUUAAUUGACAUUCGCUUUUUUUGGUCUGCUUGAAUCAAUUAAAAUCCUCCUUUUCUCCCUUGAAUCUGCGACCUCUUUUUUGUACGGCUAAACGAGCGAAAUGAACGCUUGGGCCACGUACAAAUGAUACGAGGGUACCCCUCUGCCACUUUGGGCUGACAACCGCAAUCAAUUGUAUCGGCUUGCUCUGAUUGGCCAAACAACGCAAUAAAAAUGUGGCUACAAAAGCGGAAAAUUUUACGAGAUCCACGAGUACAAAAUUGCAGGGCUUAUCUUGAUUUUUUGGGUUUUCUUCU